AUCACGCUCUAUCCCCCCCUCUCUCUGUAUAACCACGUCUACCUCCCUAACACAUGCUUCGUGUACUCCAUGUCGUGUCAUCUACAUUCCAGCAGGAAACACUUGUUUGAAAAUAACGAACCUGUAAACACAAACCUGUCGUGGCUUUACUAUAUUCGAAACUCAGAUACGAAUCAUAUAUGUUUAUCUAUCAGUGUAACAACAUCAAAAAGAAAAAAAAAGAAACUGUAUUUGGAUGGAAUAAUUACGUAUAUAGAAAAAUAUACAAGGGAUAAUUGAUUUUAAAAUAAUCAUUAAUAUAUUUAUAUUAUAUUAGUAUUGUAUAAAUAAAAAAAAAGUAUACAUAACACGCGACUAUGCUAAUACACGCAGAUUAAGAAACGUAAAUUCUUUAAAGACAUACACAACACACACACAAACAUAUAUAAUUCUAUAUUUAUUAUUAUUAUAUUUUAUAGUUCCUUGUCGUGGUCUUAUUUUCUCUGCGCUAUCUUACCAACAUUUCUUCACAGUCAACGUAGCUUUUCAAUUGUCAGAGUAUUAUUGGAGUGGGCAGCGAAGCACUUCUUUUCAAAAUGCUGCACCCCUCAACGCCUCGUUGCUCUGCUAUGGUUGGCAUCAUCACUUUAAGCCUGACUCUUACCUGCUUCUUCUUCUUCUCACCCGUUGCUUGCAAUGCAGGAGGAACUGGUAAAAAGAAAGUCGCUAAACCAUCGAAAGGUCUUGCGAUGACAGUAGAGUACAAACCAGAAACAUGUGAAGAGGUGGCUGAAAAUGGAGACCAGGUGUUUGUACAUUACACAGGAUACCUGGAGAAUGGCGAAAUAUUUGACAGUUCAAUAAAACAGAAUAAGAACCCUGUAGAAUUCAUAUUAGGAGAAUCAAUGGUUAUUCCUGGUUGGGAACAAGGAGUAAAAGGAAUGUGUGUUGGAGAAAAAAGAAAAUUAGUAAUACCACCACAUUUAGCUUAUGGCAAGUCUGGCCGACCUCCAGUUAUACCACCGGAUGCCACUCUGAGCUUUGAAACUUUGUUAGUAAAAGUGAUCAAAUCUAAACCAAAGACCCCAGAAGUUGAGAAACGUUUCUUUCAACUGCUGCAGUUUUUUACCAUUCCCGCACUAGUAGUGUAUGUUGGUUACACUCUCUACAAGAAAUACCAAUCAGAGACGGAGAAAAUCAAAGAAAAGAAAGACAGGAAGAAGAAACGAUAAGGCUGGCAAAAACACCCCACUUUUUAAUCAAGAUUUCUGCCCCCCUCCUCCACUCCUACUUCGUUUUAUCUUAAUGCUUUGUCAAAUCCGCGUUGACAUCAUUUCAUCCCAAGGAAUUAAUUGCCUACUCAAUGAAAACAGAGAAAAGACUCAAAGUUUUGAAAAAUACUAACAUUUCACAGUAUUUUACUUGUUAGAACCUGUGUAUAAACUAUAAAGUAAAAUUAAAAACAAC